CACUGGGAGUGCGCAGGCCGGAAAGCUUGCAGGUGGCGAAGAUGGCGGACAGCGGCGGCCGUGUGAGCAAGAGCAGCGGGAACAGCACGGGGAAGGGAGCGGUGUCGGCGGAACAGGUAAUUGCUGGCUUUAAUCGCCUUAGGCAGGAGCAGAGAGGCUUGGCAUCCAAAGCAGCUGAGCUGGAGAUGGAACUGAAUGAGCACAGCCUAGUGAUUGAUACCCUGAAGGAAGUGGACGAAACCCGCAAGUGCUACCGAAUGGUUGGAGGCGUGCUGGUGGAGCGGACUGUCAAAGAAGUGCUGCCUGCCUUGGAGGGUAACAAAGAGCAGAUUCAGAAGAUCAUCGAGACACUGUCACAGCAGCUUCAGGCAAAGGGGAAAGAACUCAAUGAAUUUCGGGAAAAGCACAACAUUCGUCUUAUGGGAGAAGACGAGAAGCCAGCAGCCAAGGAGAACUCAGAAGGGGCUGGGGCGAAGUCCAGCUCAGCAGGAGUGCUGGUCUCUUAGGAACUAAGGCCUCUACAUUUUUUUUUCAUCCUGAUACCCACUACUAAUAUCUUUUUAUUGUUGUUGUUGUUGUUGUUAUUAUUAUUAUUAUUUUCUCUGCUAUUGUAAUAUUUUUUGUUAAUUAAAUGUUUUGGUCAGAAUGCUUAGCUGUAGCCUGAAACUUUCUCUCAUUAAGGGCAAAAGACAGCGUACAGCUGGACAUGCUGGCACACGUGCUUUUAGUGCAUGGAAUAGAGCAGGAGGCUAAGGCUAUCCAGGGCUAUAUAUAGUGAGACUCUGUUUCAAACAU